GAGUUACUCUUUGAUGUCUGUUUUUUUUAUGAGUAAUUCAAUAAAAUCUGAUCUAAUGUACAGUGAAUUAAUUACUAUUGAUGAUUUAAUUUGUUAUUGACGAAACUGUUGCAAUCUAAAAUUUAUGCCUUCAAAAUAAUAGAAGCGGGCAAUCAUAUACAACGGUGUCUAAUAAAUAAGAAUAAUAAUUAUGUCGGCUAACAUUCCGGAAUGUCCACCAAGUCUAAAACCGAUUCAACAUUUCUUGAAAACUGCAGCAGAACAUGAUUCUAGGGAUCCUACUAUAGCUUAUUGGUGUAGGCUACAUGCACUGCAAGCCGGCCUAAAGCUAACUAACAAAAAAACGCCUGAAGAAACAAAAGUUCUAAUGGCAAUUAUGGAUUGGCUGGAAGAAGCAAAGAAAAUAUUCAAGGAUAAUGAAUCUAUCUCCAACGAGGUUGUUGCUCAAGCACACUUGGAAAAUUAUGCUCUUAGACUAUUCUUGUUUGCUGACAAGCAAGACCGGGAGCAAAAUUAUGGAAAGAAUGUUGUCAAGGCGUUUUACACAGCAGGAGUGAUCUAUGAUGUCCUCACAACAUUUGGAGACUUGACUGAUGAAGCAGCUGAAAAUCGCAAAUAUGCUCGGUGGAAGGCUGCAUACAUACAUAACUGCCUCAAGAAUGGAGAGACCCCAGUCCCAGGCCCUGAACUAACUCCUGCAGGAAGUAUGGCAGAUGAGGGGAAUACAACAGGAGUUGGUCAGCCUAAUGCUUCAGACUCUCAAACGUUUGGCUUUCCUCAGCCUGGCUCAACAGAUCCUCAGACAUUUGGCUUCACCAAUGUCACUCCAGCAACACCACCAACAGUACCAACCAGUUUUAAUAACAGUCUUCCAGACCCAAAUCUAGCAAUGAGAGCUGCUUCUCAAUUGCCACCUGUUCCAUACACUCCUGAUCCUAAUCCUGGGGGUUUCGUACCUUACGACCCAACCCAACAACCACAGCCCGCCCCAAUGUCUACCUUCGGGGACAGUUCUAUGAGUGUUGCACAGCUUAGCCCUGAGCAGAUUCAAAAAGCUCAAAAGUAUUGCAAGUGGGCGAGCAGUGCACUCAAUUAUGAUGACAUUAAAACUGCUAUUGGCAAUUUAAAAAAUGCCUUGGAAUUACUCCAGACUGGUCGAGACCCUGCUUGAAUUUAGUGACUUUGUUACAUUCACAGCUGUCCAUUCUAAGGUAUAACGCUUAAAGCUAUGUGUGUACUGAGAAUCAUUAUUUAACUUGCAAAAUACAAUGACAUGAAUCUUUAAAUUAUGAAAUUUUGGCAUUACAUAUUUAGAAGAUAUUAAAAUUAUUCUCUUAAAUGAUUACUAAAAGUAAUAAAUUACUUAAAUGAUUACUAAGAGUAAUCAUUUUAGCGAAUGUAAUGAAGUAUGACUAUAAAUGUACAGAAAAUUUUGGAUUAGACUACAGUAUUUUUAUUUAUACUAAAGCCAAAUUUAAUGUGAAUUAUUAGCAAACUAAUUAGAAAUGAAGGUAUAAAACGCAUGUCAUUUCAUACCUAAUUUAUUUUAUUAUUGUUUUUACUUUUUUUCAUAAAAUAUUAUUCAAAAGAUCUAUAUUAAAAUAUUGACCGUAACUGGAAACUUUAUAUUGAGAGUAGCAUUUCCGUUUCCGUCGAUUUCAUAUCAGUUUUCGUACUUUUAUUGACGUCACGUCUGGCUAUGUGGCGCCACCUGGCGGUGUCGGGCUCGGGAAGUUUCGUAAAUCGCUGAGCGCGACUUUAGCACAUUGGCGUUUUGUUUACCGUCGAAGCAACAUCUUGCAAUCAGUUGGUACCCGACAAUGCAAGAUAAAGUGUAAUAAGUGAAGUGAAUUCGCUGUGAGUACUUUAUAUUUUAUUACGUUGUAAUUAUUACGUUGUAACAUACAACGUUAAUGUAAUUAACGUUAAAGUAUGUAAAAAUUUCAAAUUUCAUUUGAAAAUAGUACGUGAUCAUUAUUUUAACGGUUUUUCCGUUCGGAUCACUACUUCAUGUGUUUGAAAGUCUUGCUUUUUUGCAAAUGUUUUCGUACUUGCAUGUAAUAAUAUUUUCUUUGUAGUUAUUUUUCAACAGUUAAAAUAGUAUUAAAAGUGGCGGGGCCCAGCGGGCUUCCUAAAAAUGUGAACUCAGAAACCAAAGUGAACGUUCUAGCAUUAGACUGUUGUCUAACAUAUAUACUGCAAAACGAACGUGUGGGCAAUGGCUUUCGUUUCAGAGGAGUACAUAAAUUACGAAUGCUCGAAGACAAGUUAGACAAAGAGUUUUUGGAAGUUACUCAAACAUAUUGUUACUCCAAUUCAAACCGGCAUUGAAAAAAGGUUCACAAAUCCCGCCAGAAUUUAGCACAGGAAUUUUGAUUGGAUGUAAAUUACUGGCCUUAUAAAUCGCCACCCCACGCAGGGGCAAGGCGUAGACACUGUUAACGUCGCUGGACACAUUUGCAGUCAAAUAUAGGUCUAAUAGAUUACCGCCCCUCGCGGGGGCAAGGUAUACACAGUUUUUUUAACGUUCCUGGACGUAUUUGCAAAACCAACUUACUGAGUAAGGUAUAGAAAGUUUAAAUAUUCCUAGACGUAUUUGCACAGUCAAAUACCGGACUAAUAGAUUACCGCCCCUCAUGGGGACGAGGUUAUAGAAAGUGUUAACAUUCCUAGACGUAUUUCCAGUCAAAUACUGAGGAUCGCCGCCUCUCGCAUGGGCAAGGCACGAAUAGUGUUGAAAUUUCAUCACGUAGAACACACAACACGGAAUAUACAUACAAUGCGCAAACGCUCAUGCACAGCCAUGCUUGCAUGAUAAUUACAACCCACCCUCGCGGGGUGUUUAUCUCUUUAUAUAAAUUAUUUAAAUACCGGUGUCCUUGAUCGCCACCGUCGCGGGCGUAUGCAUGAAGAGUAAUGUUCCAUCGCGUGGAACAUACAACACGGAAUAUACAUAUCUGUAAUGCGCACACGUUCAUGCACAGCCUUGCUUGCAUGAUCAAUACAAUCCACCCUCGCGGGGUGUUUAUCAACGAUGUAUGGAUACGAAUAUCUUAUCUAUCUAUAUAAAUUAUUCAAAUACCCUUGUCGAUGUCGUGUGUGUGUGAUCGCCACCCCUCGCGAGGGUAAUGCAUGAAAAAUGUUAAGAUUCCAUCGCUUGGAACGCUUGCGCAGCCUUGCUUGUAUGAUCAUUAUAAUCCACUCUCACAGGGUGUUUAUCAGCAAUGUACAAGAAACUAAUGUCCUAAAGCCCUUGCAGGCUGACUCACUAUCUUUUACGUUUGCUAGUUGACAUAUACAAAAUUGAGUUUCUAUGUAAAAAUGUCAUUUAUUGCUUACUCGUGAAUAUCCCACAGUAGGUAAAUGACAUUUUUCCAAUUGAUAUAGGUUGAUAAUAAAGACCAAAAUAGUGAAUAGGCCCACUAGAUUUGUAACCAAUGGGUGAAUUAAUUACUUUGUAACAAUGGCGUAAAAAUCUGAUGAAUGAAAGCGUCAGAUUAAAACAUCAUGUACAUUUUGGUAUAGAGGUUAAAGGCAGGAAACUUAUUUUUCCGAAUACUUCAAAGUUUUCUAAAGGUAUUACUGGAUGUAUACAGUUAUUAUUUGCAAAAUUUAUAACCAUACUCCAGGUUUCAUAAAACUUAGAAACAAACGAAAAGGUAAAACAUAUUAUGAUACCCUCCGUCACCUAGCAAAUGUAGAAAAACGCAUAAGCGGUAACAUAAAAAUUUCUAUUAAAACAAAGGAUUCUAAAUGAAUCCUUUUUCAGGGGCUCGAGGCCCAUCAAGGGUAUUAUGUAUGCUUUAAAGUUUAAUGCAUCCAGAAAACAUAAAGUAUUUUGAGAUAGACUUCAUUUCAAGCGGUCUUUUUAGCCACCUUUUUCACCACCUUUUUCAAUGGGAGAAAAUGGUGGCACCAGAAACGUACAGAGGUUAAUCUGAGGUUAUCUCCUACCGUUCUCUCGAAUAACCUCGUGUUUUUCUUAAUCUAUAUGGAAUAUCGUUCCACACUCCUGUUUUGGAAGAAAUAUCAACAAUUGUCUACUUAAUGAAAUACAAAGGAUCAUAAAAGCACCAUGCUCUGUUGCUAAUACUGAAGCCGGACCAAUAUUGAAACUCAUUUCCACUUGCUAAAUACGCACAGCAUCAAAAACUCAGUUUGAAGAAUAGACACAAGCCUACUUGCAUGUGUAUGUAAUAAAAUCCCAAAGGUGCUUCGUACGUUUUGUAUACAGGGAAUUGUUGGACAUUACUUCCUUGUCAUUUGAACUAUGCAUGUCUCUUUCUCAAAUACUUUCUCAAUGCUUUCGAAUUCGCAGCAUGUUUUGUAAGAGAUAUGUAGAAUUAAGAAUAGACAAUUUUAUCAUUUACUAAGAAAAUAAUACGAAGCGUAGAUGUAGACUAUAUCGAAAACUUGCCCGUUACCAUUGAAUGAAUGAAUGACCUUGUUUAAUAUAAUCAGACUGCUAGCUACCUACUUCACUGACACCCUCAGCCAGUGUUUUUGUUAGUAGCAGAUGCCUUUGACCACGCUUGGGCAGCGUUACUAAACAUUCACCCUCUGAGGUAUUCAUGGUCACGAGAGGAAUAGGUACUGCAUUCCAAUAAAAAGGAAAUGUAUGUCAUACUACUCGUAUAUGUCCCUAGAAUCAAACUCACCUCCUAAGCAACAUUCAAUUGGACAAAAUGACUGCCGUUACAUAUUACGGAGGAAAAGAGAAAUGAGUUUAAAUAUAGAAUAUAACAGUUAAAAUUGCAAGAUAUUUGUCUAGUAACCUUAAUUAGACUAUCACUAAGUUCACAACAGUACACAAUAGUAUACGCGGCAGGAACAACAAGCAUGCAAAUCACUUGUUAUACAACAUCGCCAUCUUCCAUACUUGGCGCUUUCAUUACUGUAGCAUAGAAAAAGUGAUUGUGAAAUAGGGUAUGUCGGUGACUGAUCUAUUCUGAUCUGACUCAUUAAAUAAGGUACACGUAGUCCAUGAUUACUUGUACGUAUCCCGAGAUGUAACUUACGCUCAAGUUGUUUUAUACGAUGUGUACAGUGUGUAUAGGGAAUUUCCCACUUGCUUUAUGGUAUCGCCACCACUUACACUGAUUCUCAGAGAAUCAUCAGAAUCGGUUGACAGGAAUAUAUUUAAUAGCCUUGAUAAGAGUAAGUCUUAUGUCAUUUGGAUCUCAGAUUCCGAGUGCUAGCAGUACCGAUAAUUCUAUAGAAUGAAGACAAAUUUAUUAUAAUCACGACAACGGACUUAGCAGUUACAAAACUGUUAGAGGGAGUCUUCAAGAAAUAUGGGAAAACCUGAAAUUUCCUGUCAAAACUUAAAAAUCGGCUUGUGUAGUGUUUGUCUAAAAGUAAAAGUUUUAGUACAUUAUAUGACCUAAUGUCUAAGAACUGACUCAGUUUUAGUUUCUAGAAUCUUCAAGUAACCUACUUAAGAGAUCAAUAACUUUGUAAAGUAUAUCCUUAAAUUCAUACCAAAUUGUUAAGAAAGCCUAAAAAUUCCAUGCCACCAGUUUGGAAUGUCAGUAACUUCUUAAUAAGUUAUUUUUUCAAUAGUUAUAUUUUUGUGGGUACACUCUGAAAGGCGUGUAUAUGACCUAACAUUACUUAUUAUAGGGAUAACAUAGUAUAAAUAAUAAUCUGAUGAUUUUAUUCAAUUUUGGCCGCAAUUUGGCUCAAAAACCGAUAGAAGUAUUUACUCUGGCUGGAAAUUAUUUGUAAAUAAAAUAAUCACUAUCAUAGUUUUUCUUUAGGAAAUAAUAAGUCUAUUUCAUUAUUAAAUAAAAUAACUAUCCACUACGACUAAAUGCAGCAAGAAUUAAUAUUAAUUUCUUUGUAAUAAAUUUUUUAAAAAACCGUCCCGCAUAUGGUUAUAGCAGAAUGAGUAAAGACGUCACGUAAGAAAUCUUCAUAACGACUAUAUCGGUCAGCAGUGUUUUUCCUAAAUAAUUUAGUGUGAAUAUCAAUUAUAUGAUGAAAUCCCUAAAAUUAAAAGUAUUGAACUCCAAUCCAAAAAAUGUAUGGUAUGUUUUUAGUUCAUUGAUUUAUUUUUGAAUGUGCUGAGAGUUGGAGUCGCGAGAUGAACGGAAACACGUUAAGCACUGCUAACUGUUCUAUUUAUUAAUAUUUGUUAAAUAUAGUAAAUGGCUGAUGACAUAUAAUGACACUUGAAUGUCAAAGAGUUGACAGUUUGAAUAAAUAAUAUCCACAGACAAUAGAUACUUAUUACUGGCUACCAUUGUACCGUAGACAUGUAUUUUUGCUACAUUCCAACAAAAUGGAAUAUUGUAUUAUGCACAGACACAGUAAGUCAAACUUCGUUACUAGCUUGUUCUCUAAAUAAAGCCUAAUCGAAUUAGAGAUAAUAUUGUUAUAAAAAGUUUUAUUUUAAUAAUCACAUUGGCGAAAUAAUACCAUAAUGUGGCGUCACCAGGCGAAAACAAACAGGCUCUCAAUAUAAAGUUUCCAGUUACGGUCAAUAUUUUAAUAGCAGCGUUUUACCUGAAAUAAAACGCAUAUUAAAAUACUUACCUCACUGGAAACUUUAAGUAAUUCCUGCCUGGUGAUAUAUUGAGCCAAUGAGCUAAAGUCGCGCUCAGCGAUUUACGAAACUUCCCGAGCCCGACACCGCCAGGUGGCGCCACAUAGCCAGACGUGACGUCAAUAAAAGUACGAAAACUGAUAUGAAAUCGACGGAAACGGAAAUGCUACUCUCAAUAUAAAGUUUCCAGUGAGGUAAGUAUUUUAAUAUGCGUUUUAUUUCAGGUAAAACGCUGCUAUUUAUUGUUCUAAGCUUAUAAAUCAAAUGUAAUUAAUUUAGGAAACAAGUUGAUUAAAAUUUUUAUUAGGUGUUUAUUGACUAGCGAUUUAUACCCUCUUUUUUAAUUUGUUUAUUGAUAAAUGUUUUCAAUUAAACAAUUUAAAAACAUUUAAAAAAUUAAAAAUGAAGUUGAGAUUUAUUACAGGGAACAUCUAGGAACAUACAUGUAUAUUACUUAUUUACUUAGUCGUUAAUCUCUUCUUGGAUGUCAUCUCAAUUAUAUUGUAAAAUAUAUAAGUAAUAUAAUUAUUAUUUUAUUGUUCAUAUACCUACAUUAUACAUUUAUUGUAUAAUUUUUGUAGUCGAUUGCAACACGCAAAACAGUUGUUGCAAUAAUAUUUAAUUUUAUAUUUGUUAUAACUGUGUAUUGAAUCAACUUAUUUAAUUAGUUUUUAAUUACUAAUAUACUACUCUGGUACUAUUUUGGUUACAUACCUACUAAUUAAUAAUAUAUAAGUUGUUUAACCUAAUUUAUCAGUAAACUCUGAUGUGUAUAAUUCAAUAUUGCACCAUAAAAAAUAAGUACAAAACACAGAAAUCUUAUAAAAAUAAUAAAAAAGGGGUUUGAGGAUUAGUGCCCUAUGACCGGGCGUCUUUUUAAAAUUUCACGAAUAUAGAUAACGUAACAACCUUAGUUAGAAUCUAAAUUGAUAAAUCACACCUAGAUGAUUAAAAAUAAAAAAAAAAUAUAUAAUAUCUUUACGACCAGGGGAAAAAUUGGUACGGAUUUGUCAUUUUAAGGCGCGUAAAGAUCAAGAACUAAGGUGCUUGUUAAAACUUCAAUCAAAUUGUAGAAAUUGCUAAGAGGGACCCGCCUGUUUUUAUGAAUAACUAAAUAAGACCCGCGGUUUCACUUGCGUAGUUCCCGUUUCCGUGAGAAUACGUAAAAUAUAUCCUAUGACACUCAUAAAUAACGUGGCUAUCUAUUAUUAAAAUUAUUUUAAAAUCGGAGAGUUUAUUCCCUCUACAACUUCACUCAAUAAAUUAGUAUACAUGAGGUUCAACUUUUAGGAGAUAUUAUGUUAGACUAUAAUACGAUGUUGUGCUAAAUUGUGCUAACUAAACAUUAUUAUUAGUAAGUGUUCGUUUGCGGUCGUCGGUAGAGUUACCGCUCGUGUAAAUUAACCCUUAAAUAAGACGAAUGAUUUUUCAAUGUACUUUCUCAUAAAUUUUGGCUAACGCUCAUGCUUGCAUUUUGAAAACAUUGCUUCUGUUAUCACUAGGAUACAUUUCAUAUAGAUGUCGAGGCUAAGGCACACUCAGUCGUGAAGAAAAUUUCAUCUUGCUACUCGCAAACUGUAGUCCGUAAGACGUUUUUUUUUUUUUAUUUUCUAUAAUAUUCCAGAUUUCUAAACUGAAGAUUAAGGACCAUAAAUUACCAAUUUAUUCUCAGACCAAUUAUAGAAGGACCUGUAUCGCACUCAUAGUCACGAACAAAAUUGUCUUAUAUAUAUCUUAUACUAAACUAGAAGUUUUUGCCAGUUUUUUACACAAUUCAAUUACACAAAAAGGUAUUUUUACGGAGCUCUUUAACCGACGAACACGAUUACAACUAUUUAACAUCGAUUCUAUAGAGACAGUUUUUAUAAUCGCAUUAGAUCGUUGAUCAUAUACUUUGACAGAAAAGUAACGUCUAGCGAGGCAGGUCCUAUACAAUAAUUGGUCUGAGAAUUUCAUAACCUUUUUUUUUAGUAGCAAAGGCACGUGAAUAUGCGCCAAACAUCUAGUCUGCUCUGAGUUAGCAAAAUUUCAAAAUUCGCUGAUAUUAAUAUAUGUAUAAUUCCGAUUCCAAGAUAUGUUUUCAUGUCUACACUGUGUAGCCAUAUGCCACGCUCACAGCAGCCUUACAGAAGGUUGGCGCAUACUUUUUUGUCAUAUUAUAUUAUUAUUCUUAUUAAAAACCUAAGAUAUUAAAAAUGUUUUAGGUAUAUGUUGUUUGAUCAUGAAAUAAAAUCAUCAAUAUAUUUUAUAACCAUU